AUGCGUAAGUUCUCCUCUGCAACCACCCUGCUCAAUAAGUCCCGGUUUGUACCAACGUCCGGCUCCUAUCCCCAGGGAUACAAUGUGGGUGCCAUAGCAACCGGCGUCAAGAAAGCAGACGCCCUGGACCUGUCUGUUCUGUCGUCCACGGUGCCUGCUUCUGCAGCAGCUGUUUUUACCACCAACAAAGUAUUUGCGGCCCCUGUGCAGGUCUCCAGAGACGUUCUUUCCAAGACCGGCGGUAAAGACAUUGGUGCCAUUGUGAUGAAUAGUGGCUGUGCCAACGCAGUGACCGGAGAAGGCGGUCUCAAGGACGCAAGAACCAUGGUUAGCCAGGUGAGUCACGACCUGGGAAUUGCUCCCGAGUCUGCUCUGGUUAUGUCCACGGGAGUUAUAGGUCAACGUUUACAAAUCGACAAAAUAACCAAAGGUAUAACCGAGCUCACAUCUUCCAAGCUCGGCUCGUCCCACAAUCACUGGCUCGAGUGUGCAAAGGGUAUCAUGACCACAGACACGUUUCCUAAACUUGUGUCGAAGAGCUUUGAGUUUGACGGUGUCAAGUACUCGAUGGCUGGUCUAUCUAAAGGUGCUGGUAUGAUCUGUCCUAAUAUGGCUACAUUGCUCGGUUUCUUCGUCACUGAUGCUCCAAUUACUCCGUCUGCCUUGAACAAGAUGCUCAAAUACACCGUCGACCGCUCGUUCAACUGUAUUGCCGUCGACACAGACAUGUCCACCAACGACACGAUUGCUGCCAUGGCUAACGGAGCUGCUGGUGGUGAGACCAUCACCGAGGACCACAAGAACUUCGAGGCCUUCCAGGCUGAGAUGCUCGCUUUCGCCAGGGAACUUGCUCAAUUGGUCGUCAGGGACGGCGAAGGUGCCACCAAGUUUAUCACUUUGAACAUCAAAGACGCAGCAACGUACCAGGACGCCAAGCAGGUUGCAAACUCCAUUGCCAACUCUUCGCUGUUCAAGACAGCAAUGUACGGCAAGGACGCCAACUGGGGCCGGAUUCUUUGUGCCACUGGAUACUCUGGUGUUGAUGUGGAUCCAUUCAAGAUCAGUGUUGCAUUGAGCUCGGCUGCUGGUGAGGUGCAGUUAUUGUCCAACGGGGAGCCUGUUGCUCUGGACGAGGCAAAGGCUGCCGUGAUUCUCGAGGAAGAGGAUCUCAACAUCGAGCUGAGUCUCGGAACCGGCGGUGGCCAGGAAUGCCAGUUCUGGACCUGCGACCUGUCUCACGAGUACGUUACCGUGAAUGGUAGCUACCGUUCAUAA